AUGUCCUCGCCCGCAAACACCAACGCCGCCGCCGCCGCCACCGGAUCGUCGAACGGAUCCGGCGCAGUCGAAUCGCCGUUACCGUUCUGCAACGGAGUGUGGGAGGACGCCGCGCCAGGAAGCCUCGCGGCGCGGCUGCUGUCGUCGUCAACGGAGGAGCUCUUCGACGUCCCUGGCGACGACGGCAUUCCCUUGGACGCCGGCGGAGAAGCCUCGCUGCGCCAGUCCUCCGGUCCGCACCAUCAUCCGUCGCCUUUCGGCUCUGACGAUCUCCAGUCUUGGCAGGCUAUUGACGCCGAUCAAGCCGCGCCCGUCAUGUCCGGCAAGCUGGCGCGGCUCGCUAGUUUGCAAAGUCAGCACUUUCAGGCGUCCGUUGAAUCUCAGCAAAUGAGCGGCCCGCCAUUACAGCGACUGUUAUCGCAGAGCUCCAUCGGCAGCAACUGCAGCGGCCCGUUCCAUCACGCCGCGCUUGCCGUCCAGUUACACUCCGAGACCUUCUCCGUAGACGGCGGCGCAUCUUCCGCCGGCGGCCCAGACGGGCAUUCGACGACGCCCACGGGCCUAGCGGCGUACCUUCUGUCGGCUCCUCUCGAGGCGCUCUUCGACGUCCCCGAGGAGGAAGAUCCCUCCGCGCUCUCCGCAGCUGGCGCAGGGCCUGAUGGCGACCCGAGCGCGAGUGGACUGAGAUUAGAUCUCCUCGCGAUCCAGCGAGGCGAGACGCCGCCUUUGCCGCCGCAGCACCCGUCGGGCAUGUUCUCUCCGGACCCUUCGACCUCCGCCGCAUCUGCCGCUGCUGCGGAAAUGUACGUUAACUAUCCCGGGCCGAUCUUCUCCGCGCCGCUCGGCGCCGUCCCAGCUCGACCGAAAGGCCACCGCCACGGGUCGGCCAACGGCAUGCCACGUCAUAUCAAGCGCGUGCUGAGUUGCAACGACGCCCCGCCAGAUCAGGGCUUGCAAGGCGCGUAUGGCACGGGCACGGCGUUUCCUAACGCGCAGGAAUCCGGCUGGUUCCGCGCAUCCGGACCCCUCGCCGGGGGCACGUCUUCCGCGCGCCAGAUCGCCGUUGCGCCUUCCAGCCAAUCCUCGAGGAAAUACGGAUACGCGCCGCAGCAGAAUCACGGUUACAGCCAGCGGCAAGUCCCCGGCGGCUCGUGCGCCGACUCCGACCCCUGCUCCGCGUCUUCCGGCGCCGGUUGCGCGUCGUUCCUCCGCCCGAACACGGGCAGCGCGAGCAGCAGCACGGGCAGCGACAACAGCAGCGGCAGCGACAGCGGCAGCAACGUCAGCCCGUGGCAGAUUGUGGGCGCAGCGUCGGGGAACGCGAGCGGGAGCGAAUCGUACGAUGAGGUCUCUCCGCAUAGCGCCUCGUUCGCCCGCCAUAAGACCACGGGAUCGGUCGAGUUCGCGCGGUCGCGCUCCGGAAGUUACAGCGGCGCGCCGAUGCUGUCCCCGCAGCACCAGCAGCAAGUAAUGCACAUGCAGCUCGGCGGCGCGUCGUUCGGAAGAAGCAGCACUGCCAACGGCCACUUCAGCGCAACGUGCGCCAACGGCAGCGGCGGGUUCUCCGCGGGAGGUAGCGGGGCCGGCGGCGGAGGGCCCGGGGCGCAAGGGGGCAGCGGGACGGAUCGAUGGGUGUCGGCCAUGGGUCCCGUGCUGACGCCCAUCGAGCAGUCGCCCGUUACUUCCGACCGUUACAACCCGUCCGUCGCUGCUGUCGCCAUCGCGAACGGAUCCGUGUCGUCUUCUUCCCUGCGAUCCACGCCUGUCGCGUCGGGUGCUUUCGCGCGCGUCUCGGGCGGUGGUGCUGAUGCCGCCUGCAGCAGCCCGGCGGCUGUAGCGGAGCUGACUCCGCAGCAGAGGAUGCUACAGCAGCAGCUGCAGCAGCAGAUGGCUAUGAUGAUGAUGAUGGAGGGGUCUGCUGCUGCUGCCGUCUCCUCCGCUAGUGCUACAGCAGCAGCGAUGCAGCCGUCGCAGAGCAAGGAGCGGUCCAUGGUUAAAGCCAGCAGCUGCAACCAGCUGCACAUGCCGCAGCAGCAGAGGCAGCCACAGCUGACCUUUGGCGGCAUGCCGUAUCACCACGUGCACACCCCCAGCCACCGCCACCAGCGUCACCUAUCUGGUAACUCCCCUUCGGAGUCCGUGUCCGGGGCUGGAGGAGCGGGCCCUGCCGGACCUGGGAGUGCGAUUUCCGAGGCUGACCUGCGAGGGUUGGAGGAGGAGAUGCGGCAGCUGGAGGCGGACAUGGCUCGGCUGCAGGCGAACCCGGCGCGGCUGGCGCAGCUGAGCGCGCAGGACAAGCAGCGCGUGCAGGCGGCUGCUGCGGAGAUCGGCAGCAUGCGCGCGUGCCUGGCGCGCCGCUCCCCCUCCACAGCCACGCUCAUGUUUGAUGGUUCCCCGGGCGCUAGGCCUGUGGUUGGGGGGAGUUAUCAUGGGGGUGCUGGGGCGGGGCUCGCGCUGGGGAUUGGGGGCGGGAGGAAGGGCGGGGUGUUUGUUGCAGGUGAUGUGGAUGACAUGUGA